UCGACCAAGAAUGAGAAGGGCGCGGGCGUUAGGAAGGAGGCAGGGCUUCUGCUUGUCCAAGAACGCGAAGAAGAGAAACGUACAGAGAUGCAGUGAGGUAGUGGAAAGAGAAAAUGAGAAUCAGAGAGAAGAGAGGCAAGCAUCUGGGCUGUCAUCUGCUUCUUUCUUUGUGUGUCACCUGCAACGAGAAAAGUAGAGGUUAGUGACCGGCUACCGCUCAAGCCGAGAGAGGAAAAGGCGAAAAGAGAAAUUAAAAAUAUAGUGUUUUCGCUUUUGGUGAGGUAACUACGUCCGAGAAAAAAGGGUCAACAAUGGGGUUCCUGGAGUGAAGAUUCCAAGGAUGCAUGGCGGCGAGAGUACCGGUUUGAAAGGGACUGAUCAGAGGAGCACUGUAGGGUUCACAGUUCCAAGCAAUUUUAGACACGGAGAAGAGAAGGAGACACGGUGAAGAAGGGGAGAAAAAGAGGGUGAUUUUGAUACAAAAAGAGAGAAGGAAGAAAGAGGAAGAGAAAAGGAAAAAAGGAAGGAAGAGAGCCAUCAAGCUGAAGGUGCCAGGGGAUUUUCUAAUCUGGACCCCUUUGAUAAUUUCUGAAAACCUAACAGUUGUAAUGUCAGUGUGUGCUUAAUGAAAAUUGUGAAGACUCCAACUCAUUUCAUGUAUAGCUGCUAUGAAUAAACUAUCUCGAACUACAAAUUCUUUUGCUGCUGUUGGAUCAGGGUCAAUCAAUUCACUGAGACCAGGUAGUGAAGAUACCAUAAAUGAUGAUCAGUUUUUCCUCUUGUACUUCAUCAUCGGUACGUACUUUGGACCUGAUCUGAAAGGGGAGAGGCAGCCAAAGUCAGUUUUACAGAGAAAAGAUGAGGGCCUUUCACCUUAUACUUCCGACCAACUAGCUAAUUCACACAUGAAGACUGAGGAGCUGAAACAGGUGUACUAUUAUGUACUUAGAAAGGCAGAUCAACAUAUAAGCUCAAAAUUGCUCUAUUUGUUUGUUAGGGGAAAGCUUUCAGCCCUUGGAUGUGGCCACACUGCUAGUUAUCCUGAGUUUCCUGAUCUCUUCCCUCUGGAAUUGCAUCCACAAACAUGGCAUGAUGAUCACAAUGCAGUUAUUGAUAGCAUUGUCUUUAUUAAUAACCCAGAUUUUUCUUACAUGAAGUUAAAGGAUUUUCAAAGGUUUAGGAGGCUAACUGGGCUAGAUGAUUUUCUUUUGGACAAAGACUCUGGACAGUUAAAUGUUUCUGAGGAUAGUGAUAGAUACAAUACGAGGAUACAGGUGGUUGAAUACAAUAAGGGCUCUUCCCCUCUUGGAUCUUCUCCUCAUUCUCGAAGAAAAAGAAAUGUGUCUGAAUCAGAGGAUCAAAAUAUACAUGCACCUGCCUGCAGCAGUAUGUAUAGUCAUGAUGCUCCUUCUGUACCCCCAAAAGAUGAGAACAACUCUGCUGAGCGAUGUAGUUCAGCUAUGAUAUUUCUUCCUUCUCACCCAACUAAACAAGAAUUGGCUGAUGUUAUAGCUGCCACCAAAAAUGGAUUUGCAUUGACUGGGAGUGCAGCCAUGGGUCAAGUUGGCCCUGUUGUCGGAAAAGUGGACAUCGGUGAAUGUGAAGACUCUUACCUGUUUCGUGUGUCUCUUCCUGGAGUGAAAAGAGAUGAAAGGGAUUUCAGUUGUGAAAUUCAGAGUGAUGGGAAGGUGUUGAUAAGGGGAGUGACCGUAGCAACUGGUGAGAAAAGAGUGUGCAUGUAUUCCCAAGUGUUUGAAAUGCAAUCACAGAACCUUUGCCCACCAGGACACUUCUCCAUAUCGUUUCAGCUUCCUGGUCCAGUUGAUCCUCAACUUUUUACUGGUGAUUUUGGCAUCGAUGGGAUCUUUGAGGGAAUAGUAAUGAAAAAGAAAAAAUAACAAUCCAAAAUCACGCUUUUGCCUUGUUAGUAAAACCUCUGUAGUCUCAAGAUGAGCUUAUGUAUGUAUAUUUCUCCUAUUGAAAUGGUUUAGUUUGCUUUCAGAAUGGCAAAAAACUCAAUUCUUUUCUCACUGAGAUCUCCUGAAGUGAUGAACUAUCUAGCUGCGUCCGGUGUAUUUUGAUAGCAAAGCUGUCUGUUUAGAGAUAUUUUGUUUCUCUGCAAGACUGCAACAUCACUAUGUUAACUGCAAAGAAAGCAACCCUAACGAGAAGGUCAUCAACCCUAGUGAGGGAUUUUUUUGGUGGGUUUUUGUAUGGG